CUACAACGUCCUUCCAUCAUCAUAUCAUGCCCACGUGCCAUGCGCCGCAAGACCUGUCCAGCCAAUCCGGAACGGCAGGAAUACAAUUUCCAUACCUAUCCAUCUUUCCACACUUGCCUGGGGUGUAAAUUACCAUGUCAUCGGUAAUGAUGCCAUUUCUCCCGUCACCUCAACUGGCUCUUACGAGGGCAGUCGUCGCAAUUCGCUCUAGACCCCACACCGCCGCAUGGCAGCCCGGGAUGCUGGUCGCGGACAUGUUGUGAAUUGCCUGGGUCCCUGCCACCAACACCACCAGUUCAUGCUAGGAUUGAUAAGGAUUCGGCAACUGAUCCGAGCAGGCUCUUCUUCUGCUGGGUAUCGAGGGGGCAAACGCAAUUUUGAAAGGGGGGCAGCAAUCCGGCACCUCCCGGAUCUGCGGGCUACAUAACCUUUGCUAGAUCGCAGUUCUUGGUGUCGUGAACCUCACUCCCUCCCGCUCCUCUCACCAGCAUCAUUGGAUCAACUUUGACAACCAUGAUUGCUGUAUCCCUCUCCCGCGCCCUGCUCCUUGCGGGUACAUUUGCUCGCCUCGGUUUGGCCCAGACAGAGCCAACCAUUCUCGCCGAAGACGGGUCUGUCCUUUCUGCCAACGAGACCACCGUCGCCCCGGCUGCCGAGGCCGAGGUGGUUGAAGGUGCCGGUGAGGUCCUGCUGUUGACCGAUGCCGUCCUCGCCAACCUUACCGCUCUUGACCUCAGCGACAUCAAUCUCUUCACCUUCGACGAAGACGUCUCCGGCGUAACCACCAAGAGAAGCUUCUCAAGGGGCUUCCAGGUCGGUGACUGCAAGGUGUUCCCCGGUGACCGUGCCUGGCCAUCCCGUCUGAGCUGGACCGUCUUCAACCUCCUGACCGGUGGCGCCCUCAUCGAGACUGUCCCCAUCGGUGCCGUCUGCUACCCCAAUAGCGGCGUCUACAAUGCUGCCAAGUGCCAAUAUGUGCUUGCCAACUGGGCUCAGUCUGCUCUUCACGCGAGUGAUCCCACCUCGGUCAUGUCCCCCCUCUACCAGGGCGAGACGUGCAUGCCCCAGAACGGCCAGACCGGCACCUGCGAGAUGGGCAGCUUCCCCUCCUACUCUGUGAAGAUCCACAACGUCUAUCAAGUUCAGCUUGCCGUCAACUUUGCCCGCAACCAGAACCUCCGUCUUGUCGUCCAUAACACGGGCCACGACUUCCUUGGUAAGUCGACUGGCGCCGGUGCCCUCUCGAUCUGGACCCACAACCUCAAGGACAUCAAGUAUGUCAAGUCGUUCCGCAGCCCUUCCUACAAUGGCCCUGCCCUCAAGCUUGGUGCCGGUGUCCAGGUUGGUGAGCUCUAUGCGGCCGCCAACAGCCUCGGUGUAACCGCUGUCGGUGGUGAGUGCCCCGGUGUUGGUGUUGCCGGUGGCUACCUUGCUGGUGGUGGCCACUCGCCCCUGAGCAGCAAGUAUGGUCUUGGUUCCGACCAGGUCCUCAGUAUCGAUGUCGUCCUCCCCAACGGCCGCUUCGUUACUGCCACCGAGACCAAGAACACCGACCUGUUCUGGGCUCUCCGUGGCGGCGGCGGGGGCACUUUCGGUGUCGUCACCUCCAUCACCGUCAAGGUCCACCCCAAGCAGAAGUUUGCUGGUUUCUCCAUGACCCUCAACGCCGGCCCCGAGUCCGAGAACAGCAUCGCCGUCUUCUGGCAGGCCAUGUAUGCCUACUGGCGCAAGUUCCCCGGCUAUGCCGCCCAGGGCGUCUAUGGCUACUCCACCGUCUUCCCUCUAUUUACCGCCGCCGGUGGCUACAGCUGGACCUUCCACCCCUUCAUGAUGCCCAACAUGACCCUCGCCCAGUUCAAGGUUCACGUCCAGCCUCUCCUCGAUGAGUGGACUGCCAUGGGUCUCGCCUUCACCCCCAACUUCUUCGAGAAGGAUAACCUCUAUGAUGUCUGGACCCAGUACUUCCCUGCCGAGUCCGUGGCCAACAGCAACAUGCGCACCGCUUCCCGCAUGUUCCCCGCCAGCGUCUGGAACAACUCGACCAACCGCGACGCCUUAUUCGACGAAAUGCGCGCCAUUAUCGAGGAGGGCUCCGCGCUCAUCCAGUACAACAUGAACCCCCGCCAGACCGAGGGCACUCCCAACUCGGCCGCCAACUCCCACUGGCGCGACGCCAUCUGGUUCGCCAUCAUGGGUGCCGGCUGGGCCCCUGGCACCCCCGAGCCCGAGCUGGCCGCCACCAACAACAAGAUUACCCACGACUGGAUGGAGCGUCUCCGUGCCUGGGGCCCCGGUGGCUACGGCAACGAGGGCGAUGUCAUGGAACCCAACUUUGGCGAGGCCUUCUUCGGCACCAACUACCAGCGCCUGCUCAGCAUCAAGCGGGAGGUCGACCCCAACGAUCUCUUCUGGGCUCCCACUGCCGUCGGUGCCGAGAGGUGGACCAUCCAGGGCCAGCCCAGCUGGUUAACCACCCAGGUCGGCAAGCUCUGCAAGAUCUCCAACUAGACUUGAUUUUUUGGGUGGGUUGGAGACGGGUUGCGGUGACGGUGUGCUAGUUUCUUCCUGUAAUUAAUUAUUCUAAUCCUGCAUAAUUUUGUGGCCGCAAAUAUAAGGCAGCGGUCUGUUGAUGGCGACACACCUUGGGCG